AUGUUCAGAGGUAGAAGUCGAGGAUGUCUACUAAUGAUUCUCGCAAUUUGUGUCUCUGCUACAGUGUGGACUUACUCUAGGCUGCCUGUGAACAAGUGGAAAAUGACGAUAAAAUCGUUUCUUCCUACAAAUACCUUUCGCUUUGAUAAGGAGUUUGUUACAACUCAUUUAAUUCCGGAAUUGUCAUUGGAGGCCUUGCACAGCCAUUUCUCUUUGGAUGUAAAUAUGUCGGCGCUGAAAUAU